CAGAUCCUAGAGAUAAUUUCUGGCUUCUGGUGUCCGCAUCGGAUUCAGUGACGUCACUUGGAGUACUACGGGAAGCAUCAUUACUUGAAUCCUCGAUUUGUGACUUUGGAUUUCACAGUCACGCUACGGACAUUGCCAGGUCUCUCCUCUCCGUUCUUGAUCUUAAAUGUCCUGUUUGUGGGGAAUCGUGAUCGCCAUUUUGAGCUGCGGAAUACAUACAUCAGCGUUUCCGCGCGGCGAUGAUGUAGCUUCCCAAUGGAUGGACAAGUGUGAAGCGGCUUUAGCGCGUCGCUACCAGGACUCUCAGGCUGCACCUUUCUGCAAUGAUUUGCUUCGACACAUCUUUAUCAUUGUGUCGCCAAAAAUCGGUGAUAGAAGUGGAAACUACGAUCUCGAAGCUGUGGACACGUUGGGCAUAGUCAUGACAAGCCACAGCUGGACUGAGGAGGGAGCGGCGGGGACGAGGAAGCCAAAACGUCCAGAGCGGCCUGACAUGCGGGAGGAACCGCAGACGCUGGCAUUACCGACGGGACGAAAUAAUGAAGCCAAGGUCGAUGAGAAAGAGGAAGAAAAACCGUUACCUGGCCGGCGGUCUUUGAGGGUGAAGCAUUCGAGCAGCAUGGGGGGGCCCCUGGACACGGAUAGCAGGGGGUUCUCCGAGUUCAAAGAAGUUAAAGACUUCGUCAACCUGGGCCUCGCCUUGAUCUGCGUCCUGUUCGCUGCCUUAGCCUCGGGGUUGACAAUCGGGCUCCUUUCCAUCGACACGCUGGACUUGGAGAUCAAGCAGCGCGCCGGCACCCCCACGGACAAGCACCACGCCGCCGCCAUCCUCCCCCUCCUCGCCCACCGGCACCUGCUCCUGGUCACGCUCCUUCUGUUCAACUCCAUGGCUGCCGAGGCCCUACCCCUAGCUUUAGGCGAGCUGGUGCCAGGUUACGUGGCUGUCAUCCUCUCGGUUACCGCCGUCCUUUUUUUCGGGGAGAUCCUCCCCUCCGCCGUCUUCUUGGGUCCGAACCAGCUCAAGCUUGGCUCUCGCAUGACCCCACUGAGCUGGCUGCUCUGA